CAGCAGCAACAACGAGCGUGACGCGAAACUCGCAGUGCACUUUAAUAACACGGACGGUGAGAGUAGCAACAGCAGCAAACACAAUAGCGAGGAGCGAAAGCAAAAAAAGUGGUGUGAAAAGUUUCGCGACCAGAGUCGAAGCGGAGCAACAAACAUCGACAGCGAAAAGGUCCGCCGACGACGAGGCGAGGACGGAAGAAAGUGAAACACGGUGUGAGCCCGAAGUGACGAAGUCGGAACGAAGUGAGAACGGAACGGUGAAGGGUGAAGUGAGAGGGCGUUUGAGUGAAGCGCACUGCACCGGAAGCGGAAUCGGAAUACGAAACAAUCGAACCGCAGGAACCGCGCCAGUCGAAGUGGUGCGAAGAAAUCGGUGGCCAGCAGGAAACACGAACCUACAGUGAGAGAGUGAAACAGAGAGAGACAAAGUAACGAUAAAGCUCGUAAAGCAAGCGCACGGAAAUCAAACGGCCAGGUGUCGAGUUACGGAAGAAGCCAACGAACGACUUAGAUGCAAACGUAAGCGACGAACGCACCGUUGCACCGGAAGGCUACCGUUUUGUUGUCGGGAACUGUGUGUGGAAUCGGACGCUUGUGACGGGGAGAAGGUUCACGGAAAUGGCGGUCAGUCGAAAGCUGAGCCUGAGUGCGGCCGCGGUGGUGGUGGUGUCGAGUCUGGUGACCGUCUGCUCCGGCUCGGCCAUCCCGAUGUGGGAGUUCCUCAGCCGUGGUGAGAAGAUGUCACACCUGUACACGAUGUUCGCGAAGCAGGUCUCGAGCUACUGCAAGAACGCCCAGGACAUGCCGACCAACAUGUGCAAGCGCAACCUGCUGAUGUACGGCAUCAACAAGCUGCAGGACAUGAACGAGUCGCACCUCGACUCGAUGGACCCGUACCAGCGGGGCGCCACCGAUAUAAUCUGGGACGCCAUGAUGGAUGGGCACACGAAGAACGGCAAGAAGAAGACACAGACGACGGUCGCCCCGGCGUACGUCGUGGCAAGUGAGCAGUUCGGCCACAAUCCGCUGUUCGAUGAUCCGGCUCCGUUCGAUCGUAAGGCUGCCUCGAGCAUCAACAAAUACGGCAUGGAUUACGACUACGGCACCGGUACCGGCGGAAGUGGUCCGACUGGCCAGGAGGGCCAGUACCCGGAGCCUCCGGAGAACCAUCUGCCGCAGGAAGCGUCGACCAACGUGGACUACAGCUACCAGUUCGAGCCGGCCGCCUCGACGCACUUCAACAACCUGGCGCCGGUCGAGCAGAACACCAACUAUCUGACCGGCCCGAUGGUGGUGCGCCUGCGCCCCGACGGGACGCCCGUCGAGGAGGACCAGGCGCAGCACCCGGCCGUGGUCGCCCCGAAGGACGACGACAUCAAAGAGAUGACGCUCGGCCAGGAGCGAAUGCCGAGCUUCCAGCAGAUCUACGACAGCCUGAAGCAGAACGAAGAGCAUCAUCUCCCGUCGACGGUGGCCCCGACCACGACGACCACGACGACGACGACCACGUCGACCGUCCCGCCACCGAUCGCCGCCGCCGUUCCCACUCAGCAGAUCUACGGGUUCGUGCAGCGUCUGCCGAACUACCUGCGAUCGUAUCGCACCGCCUACCGCGUCUACAACGCCCACUAAGGCGGCCGAGGUGGUGGUGGACCAGUCUCCGUCCCCACGGAGCGGAACUCUGAUCGAAAGCUGAAUGUGAUUUUAAUUAAUUAACUCUACUAAACCACACACACCAACGCACGGGGUCCGAGCUGAAUGAUGUGACGGCCACCAACGGGGUGGGCUUGGGAUGGUCGGCUGACUGCGAUCGAGGAUCGAUCGAGAGUUCUAGCCACGCGCCAUCGGGACAUGCGUUUAAUAUAUUUAUAAUCAUUACUGUCACUCAUCGUGCGUGCCCCCGGGGCGGCCCCCAAGAAUCGGCACCACCUUUGCCACGUACCAGUUUUGUUUCUCCCGCUCUCCCCGCGCGUGGUGUUCCGGUUGAGGUUCCGAAGCAAAAGUAAGCUAAAAAGUAACAAACGGGGAAAACGAGUCCACCAAAUUGUGAUGUAGAAGGCGCGGAGAAACACUAGGGUAUAGUGGGGCUGCUUCUUUCUUCGUCUCUUAAUCGUAUCCGUAGGGCGGCAUAUGAUGAUGAUGAUGCGUUGUGUUGGAGUUCCAACUGGAUAAUGGCUUAGGUUUUAACGGUUAAGUGCGCUCACGUUCGGUGUCUUAAAUUAUUGCAUAUUUAUGUGCUUGCGUGUGUGUGUGAGUGAGUAUACGCGUCACGGUGUAAUCCCAAGAAUGACGCGACAAGCUUGAGGAUCAUCUUUACCGGCAGCAGCAAGUAGAAAGCGUAAAUUACCGUCACCGCCUCACACACGCACACACACACGCGAGCAGAAGAUUUAAACGAUUUUGGCGUGAAAUUGGAGCACACGUUCUGAUGGACCCCCCCACGGGAGACUCCAGAAUGGGGUGCGAAAGUUUGAGCCCGAAAUCGAAAGGUAUUCCAAAUUAUUUGGAGCAGUGUUUGUCGUUUUUUUGUCUGUGUGAGUGUAUGUCUACUUUACUUACUAGGAUCGAAGUAGGAUUAGGCUAGGGAGGCUCGUUUGGGGCCUCAAUCAGUGCUAGGGAUCGGUGAUCGGUGAGGAACAACGAAACACAGCGUGCAGGGCGGGCAGCAUCCCGUCGGCCGCCGUUACAAAUUUUGAAGCGAGUAUUGUGAUGUUUUUUAUUAACUCUAGACAGGAAGACAGACCCCAGGAAACUAGGCCGCCGGAACAACGGGUGGUUUUGUUUCCACGGAUCGACAUCCCAUACACGCACACACACUACAGGCAGGUUAGGGUUAGGCGCAGGAUAUAGGACAUUAAGGGAGCAUUAACGUUAAGUGAAACGAAAAAGAAGCACAAGCUUACAAGCGUACAUCUUGUUCUAAGAUCCGUGAUUGUUUUUGUUGAGGAACGUUAAGCUCGGCUCGGAGGCCUCGGAGCCUCGGAGGCUCGAGUCUGGCGUGUGUUUUGAGAUGUAUUUCAAAAUGCAGUGAAAUAAAAUGAA